UUCAUCAUAGAAGACCUGAUCGAUUUGAGCAAUGUCUGCUAGAACGUGUUUCGUAGGAGGGAAUUGGAAGUGUUUUGGGAGCAACCAGUCGAUUGACGCAUUGGUUUCUGGCUUGCUAAAAGCAGAUCUUUCGAACACAUCUGCAGAGGUCGUUGUUGCACCGCCGUUCGUGUAUUUAAGCAAGGUGAAGGAAGCACUCGCUGGGAAGAACAUAUCGAUUGCAGCGCAAAACUGCUGGCGUGAAUCUGAAGGCGCCUUUACUGGCGAAGUUAGUCCAGCAAUGCUUAGGGACAUCGGCGUGCAUUGGGUUAUUUUAGGCCAUUCUGAGCGUCGACAUAUCAUCAAAGAAAACGAUGAAUUAUUAAAGAAGAAGGUGGAAGCGGCACUGAAGCAUGGGCUGAAAGUUAUUUUUUGUGUUGGAGAGCAACUUGAAGAUCGCAAGUCGAAAAGGGCCCAGGAGGUGGUGACCGCACAGCUAGAUGCUUGUAAAGAACAUAUUGGUUGCUGGGAAAAUGUCGUGAUAGCAUACGAACCUGUUUGGGCUAUUGGAACGGGUGAAGUAGCUACACCUCAACAAGUUCAGGAGAUUCAUUCAAUGAUUCGUCGAUGGUUUGAAGAAAACAUUUCGUCAUCCGUAGCUCAAAAAAUUCGGAUCAUCUAUGGCGGAUCGGUAAAACCUCAAAACAGUACCGAACUCGCUAAAAAUCCUGAUGUCGAUGGCUUUUUAGUUGGUGGUGCUUCACUUGUGGCAGACCAAUUUGCUUCAAUUAUACGGUCUACAUCUUAAGAGAUUCAGAUGUUUCAUGUCAAAAAUAGAUUAUUUACAAAAGUAUAACCAGCUGUAAUCAAAAUUUUUAAUUCGAGUGACAUCUGCUACGAAACGAUUAAACAGCGUUUCAAUAGUGUGGUGCAUUACAAAAUACGUUUCUCCAAACUUGAAGAGUAGAGAGACUCUGAUCGAAAAUGCGAUUGGUGAAUUUUGGAUUUUUAUCAAUGCGUUUUAUGUAGCACUUUUUAUAGGUUUCUUUUGA